CCUCUCGCACCCUUCUCAAGCUUAGCCCACUUCCCUACUCCGACUCCCAUUCGCUGCCAUCCUCCUCUCUUCCUGGUCCCUUAGCGCUCGCCUCCAGAUUGUGUUCGCAUGGUGGAGCAGCAGAAGCCAUGGUGAUUGCGUCGGUCACGGCAGAGAGCAACGAGAGGAUCAGGACCCUCGAGUACCCCGUGGUCGACCUCUCGUGGAAGAGAGGCCGGGCGGCGGAGCUGCUCGUGCGGGCCUGCGAGGAGUUCGGCUUCGUCAAGGUGGUCAACCAUGGCGUGCUCAGGAGCGUCAUCGCCAAGAUGGAGGCCGAGGGGGCGAGGUUCUUCGCAUUACCUCCCUGCGAGAAGCAGAAGGCCGGCCCGCCCACCCCGCUCGGUUACGGCAUUCGGAGCAUCGGCUUCAACGGCGACAUGGGGGAGUUGGAGUACCUUCUUCUCCAUUCCAACCCUUCUUACAUCUCCCAGAAAGCAAAGACGAUAUGUAGAAAGGAUCCAAUACAUUUCAGUGGGGUGGUGAAUGAGUAUGUGAAGCAAGUGAGGCAGCUGGCAUGUCAGCUACUGGACAUGGUGGGAGAAGGGCUGGGGCUGCAGGACACCCGAGUCUUCAGCAGGCUGCUGCAGGACAGCGAGAAUGACUCCUUGGUCAGGCUGAAUCAUUACCCUCCUUGGCCCGGCAGCGACAGGGCCGGGGGUGAUGCCGACCGCGAGCCCGCCGCCGGCAAGUCCAGGGACAAGAGAAGCGGCGGCAGGAUCGGGUUCGGGGAGCACUCUGACCCGCAGAUCCUUAGCAUCCUCCGCUCCAACGACGUCGACGGCCUGCAGAUACUCUCGGCGGAGGCGGACGACGGCGGCGUGUGGAUCCCGGUGCCGGCAGACCCGGCGGCUUUUUAUGUCAUCGUCGGCGACUCGCUCCAGGCGAUGACGAACGGAAGGCUGGUGAGCGUGAGGCACAGAGCCAUGGCGAACUCCUGCAGGCCGAGAACGUCGACGGUCUUCUUCGGUGCGCCGUCGCCGGGCACGCGCAUCACGCCGCUCCCUCAGAUGAUCAGGCCGCACGCCCCCCGGCGCUACAAGUCCUUUACCUGGGCCGAGUACAAGAAGGCCAUGUACUCCCUCAGGCUCGGCCACAAUCGCCUCGACCUCUUCCUCGCCGAUCCUGAUGAUCGCGACCAAGACUCAGGAGGCAUCUCCAACUAACUCGAGAAGAAGAAGACGAAGAAGUGAGGGGUCUCGUAAUCCAUGUUAACCCAAAUUUUGAUAUGAUAAUUACCUGCACAUAGGAUAGUUGAUGGGCUACAGUGUUUUUCCCACUGAGUGUAGUCUCUGCUUUUUUUCUCUCUCUCCUUCUUUCCAUCUUUAGUGUGAUACUCAAUGGUGUGUAUAUUUCUUUUUC